CCAAUACCCAUUGGUCAGAGCAAAAUGGUUCAACAAGUUGUUUGGCUUUCCAUUAUGAUCGUAAUGCUGUAUAUGGUACUUUCGAGCGCUCAAAGGGAAAAGUGUGAGAAGAGGCCUACGGUGACUGGAUCAUGUAAGAACUACAAAAUUAAAUGGUUUUACUCCAGCAGCCUUAAGGAGUGCAUUAUGUUCCACUGGGGCGGCUGCAACCACACGGAGAAUAUUUUUGAUAACGGGGAGGAUUGCGAGGCUCAGUGCAUGGGUCUAGGUGAGGUAAAGAGUGCUGUCUAACCGGAAUCCCCACCUUUGCCCUGCCGAAAUAAUCAAAAACUUAGGGAAAAUUCGAAAAGAAUCUAAAAUGAAAUUUAAGUGUGGGACUAUUAUUGGUCUGAUUUUGUGUGUGGUAGUGGUCUGGUCCUUCAAUGCGCAGAAAUGCAAUGAUGAACCAAGUCAAACUGGACCCUGCAAGGCCUCGUUCCAAAUGUGGCGCUUCAUCAAGGAGCGGCAGGAGUGCGAGUCCUUUACCUACGGCGGUUGUCUGGGCACAAAGAAUAUAUUCGAACUGGAGUCGGACUGCAGAGAGCAGUGCCUGAGCUAGGGAUCAAAUUUAAUAAUAACAUUUAAUGCCCACUGGGGUCGGUCGUCUGAUGAAUUUCACAAAAUAAAAGUUUUCAGCUGCCGUAAAGUUUCU